AUGCAUCGCACCUACUCUAUGCGCCAGUCGCGCGCGCCCACCGCCUCGCAGCUCGAGAACCCCCCGCCGCCCCCGUCCAGCACCAAGACCGGCCGCCUGUUCGGGAGAAACAACUUUGGCCAUGCCUUCCGCAAAAACACCGCCGGGGCCUUCGGGCCCGAGCUCGCCAAGAAGCUCUCGCAGCUCGUCAAGAUGGAGAAGAACGUCAUGCGCAGCAUGGAGUUGGUCGGCCGCGAGAGGAUGGAGGUUGCGCUCAUGCAAUCACAGCAACAACUCUCCAUCUGGGGCGAAGGCUGCGAUGACGACGUCUCGGACAUCACGGACAAGCUGGGCGUGCUGAUAUACGAGAUCGGCGAGCUCGAAGACCAAUUCGUCGACCGCUACGACCAGUACCGCCUGACCAUCAAGAGCAUCCGCAACAUCGAGGCCUCGGUGCAGCCGAGUCGAGACCGCAAGCAGAAGAUCACCGACGAGAUUGCCAAGCUCAAGUACAAGGACCCCAACUCGCCGCGCAUCGUCGUGCUCGAGCAGGAGCUGGUGCGCGCCGAGGCCGAGUCGCUGGUCGCCGAGGCCCAGCUGUCCAACAUCACCCGCGAGAAGCUCAAGGCGGCCUUCAACUACCAGUUCGACGCGCUGCGCGAGCACUGCGAGAAGAUCGCCAUCAUCGCCGGCUACGGCAAGCACCUGCUGGAGCUGAUCGACGACACGCCCGUGACUCCCGGCGAGACACGCCAGGCGUACGACGGCUACGAGGCCAGCAAGGCCAUCAUCCAGGACUGCGAGGACGCGCUCACCAACUGGGUGACCUCGCGCGCUGCCGUGCGCUCGAACCUGUCGACGCGGUCGCGCACGCUGUCGCAGCGGCGCCGCAACAACAUGGGCAAGGCGCGCGAGGACGGCGUCGACCUGUCGGGCCAGGACCAGCCGAUGAACAACCGCGACUCGUGGGUGCCGGCGGACCAGCAUGCCGAGUACCACGCCGACGAGACGGACGGCGAAGGGGCCGACGGCGCCAGCGUCUCGCACAGCGGGGCCAAUGGCGAACACCGCGGCCGGGUCGAGGCGAGGGAGCCAGUGCCGGCGUAA